AUGGCGGAAAUCAGAAGAAAGCUCGUUAUUGUCGGAGAUGGUGCUUGUGGUAAGACUUGCUUGUUGAUUGUCUUCUCCAAGGGAACCUUCCCAGAGGUCUACGUCCCAACCGUUUUCGAGAACUAUGUCGCCGAUGUCGAGGUUGAUGGAAAGCACGUUGAGUUGGCUCUAUGGGAUACGGCUGGACAAGAAGAUUACGAUCGUCUCAGACCUCUAUCAUAUCCAGAUUCGCAUGUCAUCUUGAUUUGUUUCGCCGUCGACUCUCCCGAUUCCCUUGAUAACGUUCAGGAGAAGUGGAUCUCUGAAGUCCUCCAUUUCUGCCAGGGCCUCCCAAUCAUCCUCGUUGGAUGCAAGAAGGAUUUGCGCCACGACCCAAAAACCAUCGAGGAAUUACACAAGACCAACCAAACCCCGGUCUCAGAAGAUCAGGCUCAACGUGUUGCUGAUAAGAUCGGUGCUUACAAGUCUCUUGAGUGUUCAGCAAAGACCAAUGAGGGUGUGCGUGAGGUUUUCGAACAUGCUACUCGUGCUGCACUCUUGACCAAGAAGGAGAAGAAGAAGAAGUGCAUGAUUCUGUAA